GAAAGGUAUUUUCCACCUGUUCUCUGCUCUGGCAGCCUUUUGCUUAAAGUUUAACCAGCCUACAGCACAGAGAGGUUUGGUUUUGUUGAUUAGGUUGAAACAGAAAUGAAGGAAUAUCGAGUGAGAGAGGUGAUCCAGAAGAUUCUCAGUCAGUUAGUGGUCGGUUUGGUUCUGGCAGUUCUUAUACCAGCUAAUACAGCUGAGGUUGUUGGCCAGACUGAACCAAUCAUCUCCUUAUUGGGUGAUGAUGUCAUCCUGCCUUGUUCCCUGAGAUCCAUGGUUGUUCCUGUCAGUGCUGUUCAGGAGACAGUGGAGUGGCAGAGACCUGACCUGAACCCAAAAGAGGUGCAUUUCUACACUGACAGUCGUGACUCGAAUUUGGACCAGAAUCCCUCCUACAGUGGAAGGACGUCACUCUUUAAAGAAGAACUGAAGAACGGCAACGUCUCAUUAAAACUGAUCAAUGUGAAACUCUCUGAUGCUGGAAACUACAGCUGUUAUGUUCCAUCACUGGACAGGGAUCAGAAGGGUUUGGUUCAACUCAUAGUUGGAGCUGUAUCUCAGCCAGUCAUCUCUAUUGUGGGACCUAAAGACUAUGGGGUGGUCCUGAAGUGUGAUUCUGGAGGCUGGUACCCUGAACCUGAGAUGACCUGGCUGGACAGUGAUGGAAACAUCCUCCCUGAUGGACCUACAGAGACAGAGACAGACUCAGAGAGUCGCUACACUGUGAGAGGACAUGUGACCAUCCACAAGACUGAUAACAACAUGUUCACCUGUAGAGUUCAACAGCAUCAGAUCAACCACAAGAUGGAGACAGAGAUUCAUGUCCCAGACGACACAUUUCCUAAAUCACAUGGAGGGUUGAUUGCUGGUGUUAUCAUAGUAAUUAUUCUAGCUGUUGUAGCAGGAGUUGUGGCUUUCUUCAUGUGGAGAAAGAAGAAACAAUUGAAAGAAUAUGAGAAAGUGACUAAAAACAAGUUGGAAGAAAAGGAGAAACAUGUGGAAGAGUUGGAGGUGAUUUGUGUAGAUCAAGAAGAACAGGCAAAGCGGCUUGAAAAUGAAUUGGAAGACCAGGCGAAAAAACAGUUGGAAGAGCAGGAGAAGCUUCGUAAGGCUGUGGAAGAGAAGGAGAAGCUUGAAAAGCAGUUGGAAGAGAAGGAGAAGCUGCUUAAAGAGAAAGAGGUUGUUCACUUUGUGGACAGACACAGGGCUGAGAUCAUUAAAAGAGUUUCCAAUGACCAAACAAACCCCAUAGCAAAGAAACUGAAGGAGAUGGGCUUGAUUAAUGAGAAGGUUUACUCUGAUAUCAAAAACACCAGUUUCAAAAGGACAACACUGUUGUACAAUAUACUAGACAAAGAAGGAUCAAAUGUGAAAUCAGCCUUUUACAGCAUUCUACUGGAUCGUCAUUCUGAACUCAUCAUUAAACUGGGAGGAACCUUGGACAGCACCUCAGGACUACCAAGCCCAAAUGACCCCUAGCUGUUCCUGUCCCAAAUCCACCUGGAUGUGUCCUCCUAACCCUUUUUUGAGGAGAGGGUGUUGCAGAUUAAGUUGCUGCGUGAUGAUUCCUGCUGCCAUUACCCACACCCCACCUGAUUGUCCCUGUACUGUCCAUCUGGUCAUGCAGCUGACUUGGAUUUGGCCUUUUGAUCCCUGGUCACCAGUUCUUGUCAUUUCCAAUUCCCUUGUUCUAUUCAGAUUGCCGAACAUUCUCAGAAUCAUUAGCGUAGGUGAUUGUGAUGUUAAAAGAUACUUUGCAAUUUACUUUUGUGUAAUUGAGGUAAAUUAGCCUUCUGGGUAGUUAGCUUUAACGUUACUUCACUGUCAAUACUGUUGCCCGUUUGUUGUUGUCAUGUGAACACUCAACUAAAACUGCUGAAAUUAAAUAAAUCUCAUCUCCAUCCGCUUAUCCGGUAUCAGGUCGUGGGGGCAGCAGCUCCAGCAGGGG